AUGUGAUGGCUGCAAUUUAAUUCAACUUUUCAUCUUUUGAUCUUUAUUAUUAUAAACUCGCUUUUGAUUUUUUUCACUGGCCCGCUUAAAUUCCAUCAAUUAAAGCUUAUUGAGCUUGAUAAAACCCUGCCAUCAAUUUACUUAAAUAAUUUUUUAUAUUCUAUGGAAGGCAUCGAGAGCAUGGGAGAAAUUAAAACAAGAGACGAUGUUCUCAUUCUUACGCCUCGACCAAGUCGAAAUUUCAUUUCCAUGCCUCCCUUAAACCCAAAUAUUACGCCUCUGAAGGAUUUUUCUGAUUCAAAUAAUUUGCAUUUUACAUUCAAUUCAAACUUCACUUACAACCCAAAGCACUUCACAAGCUAUUUUCCUCCUUUUUAUCCAUUCUUUGCCCAUAGUAAGCCAAAUGAUUUAAUUUCAGAAUCUCUUGACACUCCCUCGAAAAAUGAUUUUUUUAAACUUUCUCAAGAGACAUCCCAAGAAUCUACUGAAGACUCAAAAAUUUCUGAUGAAGAAAAAAAUCAUGGCGACUUAUUAAAUUAUUAGAUAAAUACUAUUAGAAAAAUAGAUAUAGAAAAAAAAUUUAUAAUAUAAGGAAACGCUAUUAAAUUCACUUGCAAACUCUUCUCCUUUGAAGAGACCCCGAGAAAAGAAGCCUUUGACGUGCAGUUGCAGAAAAUCCAAGUGUCUUAAACUCUAUUGUGAGUGUUUUGCCACUGGUCAGUACUGCACUGAUUGUGCUUGUACCUCUUGUGCUAAUACAGAAGAAAAGGAAACUCAGCGAAAAAACGCAAUUAAUUUAACAUUAGAAAGGAACCCAGAAGCAUUUAAACCUAAGUUUAAAUCAAUUGAAAUCGAAGGUGAAAUCCAGUCGGUUCAUAAUAAAGGAUGCCACUGCAGUAGAUCUGCAUGCCUUAAAAAAUAUUGCGAAUGCUACCAAAACGGAAACUAUUGUUCUAAUCUUUGCCAAUGCGCAGGCUGCAAGAACAUAUAA